AUGGCCGCACCGGAGCGGACGACUCAGAGUAUACUUAAGAAGACCUUUGUUGAUCCUUUUCGGCUGCAAAAGCUGCGGCGCAAGUCCUCCGCACCCACUACCGCGCCCGGUAGUCCGCCGGCAACACCCGACCAGGAUGACCCAUUGGCAGCCUUACCCUUACUCCAGUAUGGCUCUCUAGACCCAAAUAAGAAGAGCGUCAGGCUUUUGGAAAUACUGCUCGCACCUGAACAUGAGCCCAUCCAGGCAACACUAUCGGUCUGCGACCUGGACGAUAAGCCUACCUUCAUCGCACUAUCUUACAUGUGGGACAAGGCUGGCGAGAAGAAGUACAUCGACAUCCAAGGAUCGAAGUUCGCCGUGGGAGAGAGCUUGUGGAACUUCAUUAAGCAAUACCGCAGGAAGCAGUACCUUCGACAGUGUUGCGAGAAGGAUCCGGGCAAGGCGAUACCCCUCUGGAUUGACGCCAUCGCCAUCGACCAGAGCAACAUACCGGAGCGCAAUCAUCAAGUGUCGCUCAUGCGCGAUGUAUACACUGGAGCGCAAUCUGUCAUAGUGUGGCUCGGACUUCCCCAGGGAUACGAGGAGUUGGCCUUCAUGCUUGCGCGGCAUCCUGACCUUCUCAGAGUUGAAGAGUUUCACAAUGCUCUGGCGAAUGUCCUCAACAAGCCGUAUUGGAGUCGGGUGUGGGUGGUUCAGGAGUUCGUGCUGGCACAGUCGGUCGACAUUUGGUGUGGUGACCUCAGUGUGGGUGCUGCGACAGUCGAAGGCAUCUGGCGCAAUGGCCUUGCGUCCACACCAGUCGCAUCCCCAACGAGCGUCAUCUAUACAAGUCGCGGCUAUCUGCUGUUCAAGUACCGGAAAGACUUCAAACGCACGAAGCAAUACCGGAGGGAGAUGCUCGGUCGCCGCAACAGCAAGACCCUGAAGUCGACAUUUCGCUUGCGCGAUCUCUUACAAGCCUUUGCGUUGUCGGAGAGCUCUGUAGUGUACGACAGAGUCUAUGGGUUUCUGGGAGUUGCAUCAACUGGUCGUGGAGAGAGGAUUGUGCCUGACUACAACAAAGCACCCGUCGAGCUGCUCGUUGAUGUGCUUCGCAAUCAAUGCCAUGAAGAUCCCAAGAGAGGAGAUUCGGACGAUUAUCGUUUCCUGACGUUCCUCAUGCAAGCGCUAGGUAUCUCGCGUGAGACCCUCGCACAGCAUAUCCUAAAGCUGUGUCCAGAUCUGCAGCCACACCUCUACAUUGUGGCUGCUACGCCCUGCAUGACCGCCUCGGUCUCGUUCAUCAGUACGAUUACUGAAGUUGGGAAUUUCGUUGAUCAUGACGAAGCCUUCCAACCAGGCACGUGGAGAGCGACCUGGACGCGAUCAAACAUGCAUCCAAGAUCCUUUUCGACCCAAGACAUCCAGGACCUCGGCGACUACAUCACCAAUGGAGACACGCAAACGCUGCUCAGCUUUGCCGACCCUCAUGUGCCAUACGGAAACCCCGGCCCAACUGAAAAAGUACGGCAAGCGAUGAUUGAAGCGUCCGCGGAUUUGGUGAUCGAUGGUCUUUCGCGCGCGGUUGUCGAGCAAGGGCAUGGCGCCAGCGCCAGUCCACAGCUUGGCGACAAUGGAAGCAAAGUCAUCCGUAACAUCAUCUCCCGGAGCAUGACGGAGGACGCGGCGGCACUAUACCUGGCCGCUAGAAGUAAACUGGCCCGGCGAAACACCGACCAACGACACGCACGAUACACGUCCUUCGUAGGCACCAACGGUAUUACUGGAUUUGCUUGCGGAGGAGGCCCAGGGUUGUACGAGAUAGGAUCAGGUGACCGCAUCUGCAUGUUCUCUGGCGUUACGGACGUAAACAACGCGUUCAUCCUCAGUCUCGACGCCAGCGGAAGAUGGCUGAUAUCUGGCUUUGCGGUCAUAUUGUUGCCGGAGUUGCGCACACCUUCAGUAUUGCGCAAAGGCACUGGGGCUACGCCGAGGAGUACUGACGGCACGACGCUGCCAGCUAUUGAGCAGCGUUCAGAUGAGCUUCUUACUGGACCAGACCUUGAGAAGUGA